AUGUUCAGGACUUUAAAAAAAAGGAGAGAGUGGCAUUUCCACUGCCCAAUAGCAGUUCAGGUGAAAAGCUAUCCUGUGAUUGGUGGGAGUCAUCGUCCGGAAGGCGGACUUUGCGUCGCUCAAACCGGAGGCGCCAAGAAAAGCAGCUCGUCGCGCGCUAGGCCCGUCGCCAUGGAGACGCUGCUCUCGCAAGCCGAGCAGCUGCCCAGCCUUUUGGCGGCGUCCCGCUCGGGACUGGUGAGGGGCUGGGACCCGGCGGCCCUGAAGCGAGCUCUGAGCUGGGGCCGCUUCUUCCAGCAGCUCCACAGCCGCCUCCACACCCAGCCCGGCCUCCGAGCGGCUUGGGAGCGACGCCUAAGCCGGGGAGGCCUGCUCGGCCUUGGCCAUUUAAGGCGCUGCCCGGAGUUGCUGGGCUUGGCGCUGCUGGAGAACCGGGCGCUGCCCUCCGCCGCCCGCCGCCGCCUCUUGCGUGGCCUCUUGCUCCCGGGUGCCGGAGGGGAGGAGGAGCCCUUCGUCCACCUCCUGGCGAGGCGCAGGGCCGCCUGCCAGCUUCUCCUUGUCCACCUGGCGCCUCUUCCAGGGGCAUCAUCCGCCGCCGGGCAGCGGGAAGCGCCGGCGGUGAGAGCUCAGGCUCAGCUGCUGCUGUCACGGCUGCGGGAGGAAGGCGACGAGGGCGGAGGCCGCGGCGCGUCUUCUUCCUCUGCCCUGCUGGAGCAGCUGCCUCAUGGCCCCACGCUCUACAGGGCGGUGGCGGCGGCGCUGCUGGAGCCCGACGCGGAAGCGGAAGCCAAGGCCGCGCUGCUCCCUUGGCUGCUGCAGGGAGACCCGGCUCGCUUGGCUGCUUUCUGCCGCCUCCUGCCCGCCCCCUGGGUGGCCUCGCUUUGCGGCCGUCACCCUGAACUGCGUACCCCCUAUUUGAAUCUCCUGACCGCUUGGGGAAGCCGCCUCACUUACGACCCCCUGCACGGGGAGUGGAAGACCAGCGCCCUGGAAGAGGGCGAAAUACCUUGGCAAGAAAUGCUGGAACGCCUCAGCUGCCUCUGCCAGGAACCAGAGCCCGUCGGCAGCGCAGUACGGGCCCAGAUAAGAAGCUUGAAAGCCCAGGAUGGAGACUUUGAAGUCCGAGGUCUGAGUGUUUGGACUGACCUUCUGCUGGACUUGGAGAAAUCUACUCCAAAGAAACCCGGGAGAGUUCUCCCCUCAAACCCCUGUACUGUGAGGAUCGAGCAUUAGAAAAUCUAGAACGAAAACCAAAUAUCUGCAGUCCUCUUGAUCAUUUUAUAUUUGCUAUUACUACUUUAAGAUAGACACCUUUAAACUGUAGUGUUCCCAGUGUCUAACUUUUUCUAAAUUGAGAACAACAUGGUUUUUUUAAUCCUGAGUGCUAGAUGGGACUGAACUGCAUUGCAGGCUCUCUUCUGCCUGCCUGCCCUCACAGUGGUUUGUCUUCCUAUACUUGCUUAACACCUACUUUGUUGUCUUCAUUGGACCUUUAUUAUAAAACAAGAAAUCACAAGAGUGUAAAAAUAAAAAUCCUAAUGGACUGAACG